AUGAAUUAAAAUUAAAACUUUACAAGCAAUCUUAAUCUAUUUCCUGAAAUAGGAACACACGGAUCAAGAGGAAAAUAAUAUGGUGGAAAUAAUAUCACAAUGAGAGGAACAGAAAUUUUUGAAGGGCUUACAACUGGAAGACCAUCAAAGAAUAUCAUCCAAGCUCAUUUUAAAGUCUUGAGAUUUUAUAGAAAAGUGUGUCGUCUUAUUCCCUUUUUAUUAAGAAUUCAUGAUAUGGAAGUGACCUGUAAUUCAUAAUAAGCAAUGCUAAAUGUAGCAAAUGUAAUCAGAAAAAGAGCAUAUUUAAGAGAUCCUGAUGCCGUUGAUAGAUGGGUUUAUAGAGGAUAUGAAUUACUCUACCAAGCUGAAUGGCAUAUGCUAAAUAGAGAUCAUUUAUUCCAAUACUUUGCAAAUCAAAAUAGAUCGGAUGCUGGAUAUUCAUAUUUAGAAAAUUAAAAGCUCAAAGGAAAGAGUGAAUUCUUAAAGGAUUUCUACAUUGGAAAUAAAACAUACGAAUAUUGAAAUCAUAAGUCUAAAUAAAAAUAUUAAAACAAGACUUAAAUUAUGUUAAAACUCUUAUUUAAUGCUCU